CAACUCCGUUAGCCGGCCAGCGAAGUAGCACGUGCAAAAGAGAGCCAAAGGAGGCCAUUGAAUUUGAAUUUUAAAAUCUGAUUUUGAAAACAUUUUUAUUCACACAAAAAGGAAUAAAAUGUCAGCGCUUUCCGCCCACAAAGGGAAAGGCGCUCUGCGGCCAAAGACAAGCAAAACUAACGGUACCAAUGCCCAAAAUGGAGUCAGAUCACAGUCAAAGUCUAAAGUGAAGUCUAAAACACAAUCUGAAGAGCCGGCUGAUACUGAUUUCGAUAAUAUGGAUCCCGAGACAUUGGAUGACUUGGUCAAUGAGCUAUUUGAUAAGAAGAAACAGCUGACAGUCUCCCAGAAACAACAAAGAGAGAAACUGCAGGCGUAUAUGAUGGCUCAAUUGGAGGGUUCCAGCAGCGCUAGCGACGACGACGACGAAGACGACGGUGAAGGUGAAGAUGAUAAUGACAGUAAUAGCGAUGAGGAUGAAUCGGGAUCAGAGUCGGAUGCGACUUCAGCGGAUGAUAGCUUCUCCAGUGACGACAAUGAUGAUGACGAUAGCGGUGACGAAGAUGGUAGCGAUAGCGGUGGUAGCGAUAGCGAUCUUAGCUUUGAAGAUGAUAGCGAUUAUGAAGAUAGCCAUUCCACUGAAGAUUUAACCGAGUAUACGAUUAACAGUGAGAAUUCGUCAGUAGAACCAACUCCACCCAAACGUCUAAAGGCUGGCGACAAGCGUCCUUGUUCAACCCAGGAGGAGGAGGAGUCGGAGGAUGAUAAUAAUAACAAACCAACUGCCAGAAAACUCCAAAUGGGAGAAUCUGCUACCAAUGGUCGCAUCCAACAGCGCAAAAGUAUGGUCGAGCCAGCUACCACCUCCAAGCCCGCAUCCUGCCCUUUGACACGUAAAUCGUUGCCAGCUAAUGGAUCAGCGGCCAAGUCCUGCCCAUUGCCACCAAAAAAUCAAAAGCAAUCGGCAGCAGCUAAAUCGUGUCCAUUGCCACCCAAGGAAAAGAAGUUAUCAUCAGGAGCAGUAGCUAAGUCCUGUCCGUUGCCACCUAAGAAUGAGAAGCCCUCAUCCUCGGGAGCAUCUUGUCCCCUACCCAGCAAGACUAGCAAGCAGGUUCAACCACGUGUUUGCCAACUAUCAGAUAAACCCAAGUCAUCUUCCAGUCAGUCGACUCAAAAACGUUCUAAAAAUGAAGCAGCUGAAGGCGCUACGGACACAAAUGGUCGUCAGGAGGCCCACCGUCAAAAUAGCAUUGAGGAGGGUAGACGCAUUCUAAGUUGGGUGCUCAAUCCAAUCAAGCCGGAUGAUUUUUUCAAAGACUUUUGGGAGAAAAACGCCUGCCAGGUGCAGCGGAAUGCUCCUACAUACUUUUCCGAGCUGAUCUCCUUUGAGAUGAUCGAUCAGAUGAUGUUAAAGCAUCAUCUCGAAUUCACCACCAACAUUGAUGUAACCAGCUACAAGGAUGGUCGCCGAGAGACUCUCAAUCCCGAAGGUAGAGCCAUGCCCCCAACUGUUUGGGGCUUCUAUGGCGAGGGCUGCAGCAUACGGAUUCUGAAUCCAUCCACUUACUUGCCCGGCCUGCGCACCAUGUGCAGUCUCAUGCAAGAAUUCUUUCAUUGCCUUGUGGGGGCCAAUGUGUACUUGACUCCCCCAAAUAGUCAGGGAUUUGCGCCGCAUUUCGAUGAUAUCGAGGCCUUUGUCUUGCAAGUGGAAGGACGCAAACGAUGGCGUCUGUACAUGCCGCUACAGCCAAGCGAUGUAUUAGCUCGUGAAUCAUCCGGCAACUAUACACCUGACCAACUGGGCGAACCCAUUUUCGAUGAGGUCCUUAAGCCGGGAGACGUUCUUUAUUUCCCGCGGGGCACCGUCCAUCAGGCUAUUACGGAGAAGAAGCAUCAUUCAUUGCACAUCACGCUGAGUGUCUAUCAGCAGCAGGCCUAUGCCAAUCUUCUGGAGAAGCUAAUGCCCAUGGUAUUACAGAGUGCCAUUAAGCACAGUGUGUCAUUGCGACGUGGCCUGCCGCUGCACACAUGGCAGCACCUGGGAAUAGCACAUGGCGCCACUAAGUGCUCAUCUCGCUCGCAACUCAUCAAGGGUAUACAGGAAAUGGUCCAGCAACAUCUGACACCUAGUGAGAAUCAAAUUGAUGCCGCCGUGGAUCAACUGGCCAAGCGUUAUCAGCACGAGGCACUUCCGCCCACCAUUCUGCCCGAGGAGAAGUUACGUACUGUGUUUGGAUCGCGCAGUGCCACCGAUGCCCAUGGCAAAUGCCUCUGUGACUAUGAGCUAACUGAAGACACUUCGAUUCGUUUGCUACGAGCCAAUAUCCUUCGUCUGGUGGUCGAUGAGACUCAUCUACGUGUCUACUACUAUGUGGACAACGCCCUGGAGUAUUGCAAGUAUGAAGCCAAUUUUAUGGAAAUUGAACCCACCGAAGCAGCUGCCGUCGAGACUCUAAUGCACGCCUAUCCGGCCUAUGUAAAGAUCUCUAUGCUUCCUCUGCGGAAACCAGAGCGACGCAUUGAAGUGGCUACAGCCCUUUGGGAGCGUGGCCUCCUGAUGACUGAAACACCAUUCAAGUAGAUUGGCCGCCACUCGUCUUUUCUUCUGUUCGUUUUCCAACGGAAGAUAAUGUCGAGAAGGCUCGCCAGCACGCACACCAGUUUUAUUCAUGAAUAAUCGUUUUUUUUUUUUUUUUGUUUUCUUUUCGUUCUUUUGAUUUUUGUAAUUUAUGUCCUGGUCAACUCGGCUCAUAAAAAGCUUGUAAAUUUUUGUGCCUUAGCUUUGUUAGUUGUCCUGCGAGCAUAAAAGGGAAAUUCUCCUCUCACAUCAUUUGUUGUUAACCUCUAAACACAUAUAUAAUAAUAAAUAAGAUAUCAGACACUUCUGGUUUAAACAAUAA